GAAGAAAAAUAAAUACAAAUACCAGUGCACGCAACAAAACGAGCGCGAUUUAGUAAACAUAUGCGCAAAGUGUCAUGCGCGGCAAGGUGGUGGAGGCGAACAAACUGCACAACCCAAUGAAUAUUUGCUUUUCGAUUACGGUUCCCACCUAAUUGUUGGCUGGGUUAUUUGCAACAGCAUUGCCAAUUUCGCUCAAUUUGUCCAAUUGUCAGCCACAUAGAAAAGUGGAAUUGUACUUACAGCAGUAUAAGUGAACACUAUGGCCGAAUUACCGGAAAAUUUGCAAAUUGUUAAGACAGAAGGACCACAAUUAACGGAAACGGAAGCACAACCGCGUCGUCUUAUUAAGGAGCGUCUAAAUUUGCACGUGAAACGACGUCUCCAACAAGAGCAGGAACCCCAUCUACAACCGCAACAAACACAAAUAAUUACUCACCCUUCUGGGAAUACAGCACGAGAAAUAGUGACAACUGCAGCACCAGCACCAGUACCACAACAGUCACCACAAUCAGCAAACGUGAACGUGAACGUGAAUUCGACAGCAAACGACGUCACUGCGCCGACAUCAACAUCGAAAAGGAAAGAGAAACAACAACAGAAAGAACCAGCCAAAACACGGAGACCCUAUCAAAAGCGAACGGACAAAAACACCACCAAAAUACAAACACAAUCGCAGAUACAAAUGCAAAUAAGUGCUGAAGAUGGCGGAAGAGCUCGCAAAAACAAACGUCACAAAGCACAGGGAACAUUGGUGGGUAACAUAGCGCCUACUGCGGCUGGUAAUGCAGCGCACAGUGGAAGCGCCGGUGCCUUGUGUUUGUCACCCGGCGUUGAGGAAGGUAGUGGUGGCGGUGGUGAUGAUAUGGACGGACGAGAUAUAUAUUCCCGUGACAAAGAGAAAUGUCCCGAUAUUUUGGGAAUGGUUUUGAGUGGUAAAAAACGUGCUUUAUUGCAGAAUUCUGAAGUCAAAGAGUUUUUGGCCAAAAUAAUGACUGCCUUUAAAAAUUGAUUUAAUUUUUUGUUUUUUAGUAUAGUUGUUAGUAAAAUAAAAAGUUGUUCCUAAAAUUUGUUAA